GCCAGCCCAUCUCACUUAUCCCCAGCCAGCUGCCUGGAACUCUGUCUCCCUCUCCAAGCCUAGCCUUCAUCUGCCAAAUGUGACCCCCGUGACCACCACAUCACGUGUCUCCCAUUGUGUAGCACCCCUCUUAUCGUCAUGUUGAACGUCAUGCCAAACAGCAUGGCUUUAAACAGCACAGACGACUUUCCCUGAAGCUGAGUGUUUCAGUGUGGCACACACCUUCGUUGUUCUCCGUGUGAUAACAGCAUGACUCCAUUUACAUGGGCUGUUCACAACCUGCUGUGCAGGUGUCUCAGCAUCCCCAUCUCUGCGUGGUUCACUCUUCUGUGUCUCUUUAUCAUUGUGCCAGCUGUACUCAGAGGCUCUUUUAGUAUCCGCAGCUUGUAUUUGAGGACACUUCUCAAGAUAUUUGAGUGGGCAAACUUACAAAUGAAAAUGAGAGCAAAAGAAAAAAAUCAGCAACUCUACAAAACAUAUACAAAUGGUAUCAUAGCCAAAGAAUCACCAGCAUCUUUGCGGCAGGAGAUCCGGGGUUCUGCCAGCUGUCUGUGCUCAGAUCAUGAGUUUGAUAUGGCUGAUAUCUUCUACUUUUGCCGAAGUGGCGUGGAGAGCAUAGUGGAUGAUGAAGUGACCAAGCGAUUUUCAGCCCAGGAACUUGAGAGCUGGAAUCUGCUGACUCGGAGCAACUACAACUUCCAUCACAUAAAUAUGAGACUUACACUCCUGUGGGGGCUGGGACUUCUCACCCGCUAUGGCAUCCUGCUGCCUCUCAGGGUUAUUCUUGCAGUCACUGGUAUUAGUCUCUUCCUAUUCUUCACCACCUUAGUGGGGUUUUUACCAAAUGCAGCGUUAAGAUCCUACCUCAGUAAAAAGGUUCACAUGAUGGGCUAUCGCAUGUGUGUAAGCUCUCUCAUGGCAAUCAUCACCUAUCAUAACAGAGAAAACAAACCUAAGAAUGGUGCUAUAUGUGUGGCCAAUCACACGACACCCAUUGACGUGAUAAUCUUGGCCAGUGAUCGCUGCUACUCUUUGGUUGGACAGAUGCAUCGUGGGUUGCUGGGGAUGAUCCAAAGCGGAAUGGUCAAAUCCUCCCCGCACAUCUGGUUUGACAGAUCAGAAGUCAAAGACAGACACCUAGUGGCCAAGAGGCUUAGUGAUCAUGUGGCUGAUAAAACCAAACAACCCAUCCUCAUCUUCCCUGAGGGUACUUGUAUUAACAACACAUCCGUGAUGAUGUUCAAAAAGGGCAGCUUUGAAAUUGGCUGCACUAUUUAUCCCGUUGCCAUUAAGUAUGACCCUCGCUUCGGUGAUGCUUUCUGGAACAGCAGUAAGUGUGGCCUGGUGCGGUAUCUUCUCAGCAUGAUGAGCAGCUGGGCCAUCGUAUGCAGCGUUUGGUACCUGCCACCUAUGGACAGAGAGGAAGGAGAGGAUGCAGUACAGUUUGCCAAUAGAGUGAAAGCCACCAUAGCUGCCCAAGGCGGAUUAGUGGAUCUCAUCUGGGAUGGUGGACUGAAACGAUCCAAAGUGAACGAUGCUUUCAAAGAAGAGCUGCAGAAACUUUACAGCAAAGCUCUUGUUGGUGACCAUGAAGACGAAAGUGAAAAGGAUGGAAAUCCAGAAAAAAAAGACUUAACCACAAGACAAUGAGGACACAGUGAACGCAUGUUAUCACCGCAGAGUUUUACUUCUUAAAGAACAUUUUACAUAAGGUGAAUCUAAAAUACCACAAGCAGCAAUUUGCACACUUAAUAGGUGCUUCAUUGGGUACAACUUUCUAGUAUUGGGCUGGACCCUCUUUCACUGUGGUCCAAAAUGUGCCAAGAAGAUAUUCCCCACACUGUUACACCAUCACCAUCAGCCUGAACUGCUGGUAAAACGCAACAUGGAUCCAUGCCUUCAUGUUGUUUACACCAAAUUAUGAACCUGCCAUCAGCAGAAAUCGAGACUCAUCAAACAGGCAAUGUUUUUCCAAUCUUCUGUUUUACAAUUUUGCUGUGCACUUAGGGAUGCUCUUCUCCGCACCUUUGUUGUGAUGAGUGAUUGUUUGAGCCAAUGUUUACCUUCCUAUCACUUCAAAGGUCAUUCUUCUCUGGCCUCUGGCAUCACCAAAGCAUUUUAACUCAGAGAACUGCUCCUCACUGGAUAUUUAUUUGUUUUUGGACCAGUCUCUGCAAACCCUGAGAUGGUUUAUCAGUAAAUCCUAGUAGAUCAGAAGCUUCUGAAAUAUUCGGACUAGCCCAUCUGGCACCAACAACCAUGCCACGAUCAAAACCACUUAAAUCGUCUUCCUUCCUCAUUCUGACACUCAUUUCAAAUUUCAGCAGAUCUUGUACAUAGACCAUGUACAUAUUCUUAAAUCACUGGAUUGCUGCCCUGUGACUAGGUGAUUAGAUAUUUGCUGUAAAAAUGAGUUACACUGUUAUUUCUACCAGGGUGUAGACCAAAGAAAAUGAUUUUAUGCAUCUAAAGAUCUAUAUUGCGCUUUGUAUCCAAGGUCGGUCUAAAUGUAUUUAAAGUUGUAGGCUACUUUAAUAACUUUUCUCUUCUUUAACUGUUUGCCUUUAGGCGAAAACCUGAACAUCUCUGCCACCGUUUUGUGGACACGUGAGCUUGUUGUUGUAGUAUCUGAUUAAAACAUUCUCCUCUGUCUACAACAAGUGUUUACUACUAAAACUGUUACAUCACAGCCAGACACUUUGGCAGUGCUAGCUCAUGUGCGUCACAGUACUAAUUGGCUCAAGUGUCUAUAUGUGACUCUUUCCUGAAUUUUGUCCAUGAAAAGGAAAGUGAGAUCACACUUUUUCAGGGCUGGUCCACCGUUUAAGAUUUAAUAAUGAAGAGCUUCAGUUUACUUGUCCUUGACUCUUACAGCAGACUUUCCUCUACAAAGUAAAUUAGCCACAUUUUGCUUUAAAGUUUGUUCCCUUUCUCAAACAGCAGGAGUCAGUAUUUGAGCAGCAAUUUGUGACAUGGCAAUUAAUUUACCUUUAUCAACAAACAUAUAAAUUGCUCUAGGGACUCGUUUAGACAGCAGUGACCAAAAUAAAUGCAUUUACCGUGCCUAUGCAAGCGUAUUCAAGGUCAUGUAGAGGAAAAUGCAUGCAAGGAACCAGCUCUGAAACUGGGGGAAA